GGCUUCUUCCUCUCUGACACCGGAGUUUGCUCUGGCCAGAUUGAUAAUCUGUACCAAGACAUUUCACAAGUUCGCCGGUUACCUGAAGCGAGACUAGAUCACAGUCGGAAAAUGGCAGAUAUUGAUCUUCCUUCUAGGUUUUUUGCAGACAGAGAAGAACCUGCCGGUGAUCGAGUUAACAUGUACUUUAUGCUUAAUACCAUCAAAGCCGUUCUAAAGGCCCUGACCCCCAAGGAGAUCGAAACCAUUCGACCUUGCUUUGGGAAAAUCUUGGAUCUUUACUCAAAUCCGGUGUUCUCCGGAAAGUUGGCCCACUUUCUAUUAACCCGCCAGUUGAGUGUGGUCAAACGCCAUGAAAUAUGGUUUGUAUUCGCCGGAAAACCGAUCAGAUUCUCGUUACGGGAAUUUGGUCUAGUUACUGGUCUUAACUGCAACCCUCUUCCUCCUCUCGAAAGGUCUCUGAUUAGGCCACCUCCCGGUGUGACGCCUUACUGGUUUACCCUUUUCGGUGGGGAAAAUUAUUUCACCGGCGAGAUGUUGUUGUCGAAGCUGCAGAAAUCUAAGGCUUUAACCAGCGAAUUGCGGGUUAAGUAUGCAUGCUUGUUGCUGGUAGAUGGAUUUCUUGGUCGGCACUCGUUCCACAUGAUGAUUCCGAGGGAGCAUGUUGAGAUGAUUCGGGAUUUGGAUGUGUUUUUGAAAUAUCCCUGGGGUCGGUACAGUUUUGAUAUGACGAUGCAAUGCAUUAAGUCUAGAUCUUUACUUCAAUUGGCUCAGGCCUCUGUUGCCAUCCAAGGUUUUAUACACGCUUUGGUCCUUGUAUUUGUGGAGGCUAUUCCGGCCGUUCUUUCAGUAGGUUGUGAUAGAACCGAACCGGAAUCCGACGAUGAAGAAAUGUUCCCUGUAAUUUCUUUGAAAUUAGAUAAAGUGUGGGAAUUGGAUGGAGAAGAUCAGGUCGAUGUUCUGUCUAUCAUACCUUCGGCUGAUGUUGUCACCGGGGUGGAAGAUUGCGGUUGGGUUGAUGAGGUAAGUGACCCCAGUGUUCACGUAUUGUUAAAGCGCCUUGAAGAAGGUGUCAAGUUCAGCCGUCAGAUGUUUGUUGGUGGUAUUAGAGGUUGGGGUCAAUGAUUCGAGGGACAACUCUCCGCUGCACCCGUUGUCUU